CUGCGGCCAGCAGAGUAUGGGUCCGGGGCAGGCGCCGCAAUGUCUCAGGCUGUGCAGACAAAUGGAAUUCAACCAUUAAGCAAAACAUGGGAACUCAGUUUGAAUUACAACGAACACCUCAGGAGGCAAAAACAGAUGGCUUGGAAAUUGUGGUUUCACCUCGAAGUCUACACAGUGAAUUAAUGUGCCCAAUUUGUUUGGACAUGUUGAAGAACACCAUGACUACUAAAGAGUGUUUACAUCGUUUUUGUGCAGACUGCAUUAUCACAGACCUCAGAAGUGGCAAUAAAGAAUGUCCUACAUAUCCGAAGUUAGUUUCUAAAAGAUCACUAAGGCCAGACCCAAACUUUGAUGCACUCAUCAGCAAAAUUUAUCCAAGUCGUGAUGAAUAUGAAGCUCAUCAAGAGAGAGUAUUAGCCAGGAUCAACAAGCACAAUAAUCAGCAAGCACUCAGUCACAGCAUUGAGGAAGGACUGAAGAUACAGGCCAUGAACAGAUUACAGCGAGGCAAGAAACAACAGAUUGAAAAUGGUAGUGGAGCAGAAGACAAUGGUGACAGUUCUCACUGCAGUAAUGCAUCCACACAUAGCAAUCAGGAAGCAGGACUGAGUAACAAAUGGACCAAAGCAUCUGAUGAUUCUGGGCUUGACCUUGAUAAUAACAAUACAGCAGUGGCAAUUGAUCCAGUAAUGGAUGGUGCCAGUGAAAUUGAGUUAGUAUUCAGGCCUCAUCCCACACUUAGGGAAAAGGAUGACAGUGCACAGACAAGAUACAUAAAGACUUCAGGUAAUGCCACUGUUGAUCACUUAUCCAAGUAUCUGGCUGUGAGAUUAGCUUUAGAAGAACUUCGAAGUAAAGGCGAAUCAAACCAGAUGAACCUUGAUACAGCCAGUGAGAAGCAGUAUACCAUUUACAUAGCAAUGGCCAGUGGGCAGUUCACUGUUUUAAAUGGCUUUUUCUUUGGAAUUGGUCAGUGAGAAAUACUGGAAAGUGAACAAACCCAUGGAACUGUAUUAUGCACCCACAAAGGAACACAAAUGAGCUUUUACUAAAAUCAGUUCUGAGAGUGAACUUUUUUAUAGCCUACUUCUUUAAUAUUAAAUAUGUAAUGUCAUUACUUUUAUGGACAGAAUCUUGGAUAUGUUCAGUUUUCUUUCUGAGCCAGACUUGUUUACACUAUUAGAAUAUUUCCCCUUAAUUUAAGAUUUCCUUUUUGGAAGGGACUGCAGUUACUCAGUACUUUUUCUUUUCUUUUAAAUACAUCUAAGUUGUAUGUUUUCACAAAAUAUGGUUCCAAUUUGGAGCACCCUUUUGACCCAGGAAUUUUUCAUAGUUCUGUAUUCAUAAGUGAAGAUUCGGUUGGCCAUCCUUUUCCCUUCUCUCAGAAGUUUUUUAGAUCUACAGAAUGUUGAAUAAUAAAUAUUUUGACUUUUUUCCUGAAGUCUUGUAUAUUUAUAGUUUUCUAUAUAAGCUGUAGUAUCUUCAUGAAGACCAAGGCUCAAAUUUACUGUGUUUAAAAACAAUUCUCAUAGGAUUAUUAUUUUCAUGGUAUUUUCUUCCAUAAAAUCUCAUUUUUUAAAAAAGGUUCUCUAUGAACUUAGUGUCCAUCAUCACGCACUGUUAUUUUUUCCAUUAUUUUUCCUCUGAUUUUGGAA